GUAAGCAACCUGAAGAAAAUCCUUCAGAGCAUGAUGGAAUAUUAUCAUGAUGUUCUGGGUCACCAGAUUUCAGAGUACAAUCUGCCAGAGGUCAAUCUAAUAGGAGAGCACUCUGAUGCAGCAGAGCUUGGGCGAAUGUUGCAGCUUGUACUUGGCUGUGCCGUCAGUUGUGAGAAGAAGCAAGAAUACAUCCAGCAUAUCAUGACCCUGGAGGAGUCUGUUCAACACGUUGUCAUGACGGCCAUUCAGGAGUUGUUGACCAGAGACCCUUGUGAAUCUGUGCACAGCAGCAGCUACACUGACUUGGAUUACCAGUUGAAGAGAUUCACUUUGUGUGACGAGGUGGAUUCGAAGGAUGAGCUCUCUCAGCGCUGUCAUGAAUUGGAUCUCCAGAUUGCGACUCUUCUGGAUGAAAAGAACAGUUUGAUGGCUGAGAACAAAGUGCUACGUGAACGGAUGACCCGCUCUGAUUCCUUUGAGGAAUCCACCAGUGUCACCAACAAAAAACUCCUUUUACUACAGAGCCAGUUGGAGCAGCUGCAGGAGGAAAACUUCAGAUUGGAAGGAAUGAAGGAUGAUUUUCGUAUUCGAUGUGAGGAGAUGGAAAAGGAGAUGUAUGAUCUGCAGCGCAGAAAUGAUGAGCUCACGAGCCUGGCUGAGGAGUCCCAGUCUCUCAAAGAUGAAAUGGAUGUUUUGAGGCAUUCUUCGGACAAAGUCAGUAAGCUGGAGGCUACUGUGGAGGCUUACAAGAGGAAGCUUGAGGAUUUGGGAGACCUGCGUCGACAAGUGAAACUCCUGGAGGAGAGGAACACUGUGUAUAUGCAGAAGACAUUUGACCUGGAGGAAGAGUUGAAAAAAGCAAACUCAGUACGUAGUCAGCUGGAGGCUUACAAAAGACAGGUUCACGAGCUUCACAACAAACAGACAGAAGAGUCGAUGAAAACAGAGAAAUGGCAGUUUGAGUUCAAGCACUUACAGGAGAAACAUGAUGCGCUGCUGAAAGAAAAAGAGAGGCUGAUAGUAGAACGAGAUGCCCUCAGGGAAAACAACGAAGAGCUGAGGUGUGCACAAGUGCAGCAGAAGUUCCUGAACAAAGCAG